CAUCUCCUAAAUGGCGAUGCAAACUCGGAGCUUUCGUCCUCCACCUCGUCUUUGUCGCGCGAAGAUGACGAUCAAGACGGGAUCGUGCCACAGGACGACGAUCAUCGCUCCAAAAAGAAAGAUCAAGCCAAGAACACGGGACGAAGCAAAUACUUCGUCGUCGCUGCUACCGCCGCCGCGACGAUCCUCCUCUCAGUUUUCGCCUGGACGAGCCACCAGAAACAAAAGUCCAAGUAUCACGAGGUGAAAGAAGGUGAUACGAUGAGUUCUAUCGCGAACAAGUAUGGAUUGUCCCCGGACGAUGUUUUCGAAGCCAACAUGAGCGUUACCAGCGAUCCCGAUAGGAUCUAUCCCGGGGACAAGAUCUACAUUCCAUGAAGAUCAUUCUCGCAAGGUUUCCUGGAGAGAUGGUAGUUUAUCUAAGAUCACAAUGAGAACUUUCUUAUAGCUCAUGUUUGUGACCUUGAAUAGAUCUAAGCAAGAAGUAUCGCGCUUUGCGAGCGCGAUCAAGCAGUGCCGCGACUCGCUCGAUCCUCACAAGGGCGAGUUCGUCCACACCCAGAUCCUCGCCUCCUCCCACGCCAGCAAUGUCUUCCUCUCUAAUCUCCUCGUCGACAUGUACUCCAAGUGUGGCCGCCUGGAUCGAUCGCUCCAGGUCUUCCAUGCCGCCGAGUGCCGCAAUGUUUUCUCCUGGAACAUCAUCGUCGCGGCGUUCGCCCAUCACGGGCAUCUGGGCGAUGCUCGAUUCUUCUUCUCUCGCAUGCCGCAGGUGGGAUCCGUGGCGGCCACCGUUGUGAUCCUAGCACUUGCCGAGGAAGGGCAUUUUGCCGAGGCCGAAAACCUGUACUGUUUCAUACCUGAGAAAGACACAGCGUCGAUGAACGCAAUGAUCAACUUGUACGGUAGAACUGGUGAUGUUUCCCAGGCACGAACUGUAUUUGACGCGAUUAAAAAUCCGGACGUGGUAUCGUGGACAAGCAUGCUUCAGGCAAAUGCCCUUUCCGGGCAUUUGCAGGAUGCAAAGAAUCUCUUCCGCGCCAUGCCUCAAAGAAACGACUACUGCUGGAACACUAUGCUGAAUGGAUUUGCAUCGCACGGGGACGUCACCACAGCCUGCUUGAUCUUGCAACUGAUGCCGCAGCAUAAUGUCGUGUCCUGGACGAUCAUGCUCACCGCGUAUGCCGAAAGGGGGCAUCUUGCGUUAGCUUUGUCUGUAUUUGAUUCCGUCCCGGCACGGACCGUGCGUUUGUGGAACGCGAUGCUCGACGCCUGCGACGAGGUUGGCGAAGCCAAGUUUGUGUUUUGGAAGAUGCCGUACUGGGAUAAUGUGUCCUGGAACACGAUAAUUGCCGCAAUGGCACAGAGUGGAUGCUUGAUUGAGGCCCGCCGUACGUAUGGGCAGCUUCUGGAGCCGGCAAACGAAGGCCCGAUUGCGGUGGAAAGCCUUGUACGGAGAAAAGGUGGCGGUGAGGAUGAUAAUACGUCGCUAAUCAAGAGCUAUGCCGAGUGCCGGCUUCUUCACGAGUGCGAGAUUCUGUUCCGGAACACACCCGUCAGAAACGUUUUUACAUGGACGGUUAUGAUCGCCGCUUUUGCGGAGACAGGCAAUCUGGAAUCGACUACACAAUUUUUCCAGAAAAUGCCGGCGUGGAAUGUUGUUGCCUGGAAUAUCAUCGUACAAGCAAAUGCCCAAGGGGGGCAUCUGGAUAAAGCCAAAGAGCUGUUUGACUUAUCGUCGGCUAGAAGUGUUGUUUCCGCCAAUGCCCUGAUCGAAGCGUACGGAAGCGAGGAGAAACUAUGCUACUCGUGCCGGAUAUUCGAUCGGAUGCCACAGUGGGAUUCCUGGACGUGGGUAGCCGUUAUUGGAGCGUAUGCCGGGAGUGGGAAUCUUGACAUGUGCGAGAGAGUGUUCGCAAAGAUUCCCGAAAAGGACGUGGUUUCGUGGACCGUGUUAAUCCAGGCCUUCGCAGAGAAUGGGUAUCUUGACAGAGCGGAAAUGGCAUUUCGGCUGAUUCCUUUCAGAAACUCCGUCUGCUGCAAUGUGAUUCUCACGGCAUAUUCCCGGGAGGGGCAUGACGUACAAGCAAAGGCCGCUUUUGAUUCCAUGCCGUACAAGAGCAUCGCCUCUUGGAACAUAACUAUGACCGCCUUAGGUGCCGCAUCUGCAGGUCAAGUCUUCAGGAAUAUGCCCCAGUGGAAUGCCGUGUCCUGGAACACUGUCCUCUCAGCAAAUGCCGCACAAGGGCAUUUGGAAAAUGCGAUCGGCAUCUUCCACGCCAUGCCACUGUCCAACACCGCGUCGUACAACUCCAUGAUCCAGGCGUACGGGAGCAACAGCCGGCCCAUGGACGCCCGCCACGUGUUCGAUUCCAUGGACCAGCGCGACGUUGUGACGUGGAACGUUCUCGCCCAGGCAUUGGCCGGGAAUUUCCACGUGGACGAGGCCAUGCUAGUGCUGGAAAAGAUGCCCCACCACAGCCUCGUGGCGGUCAACUCGAUGAUCACGGCCCACGCCCAGGCCGGCCACGCACACGUGGCAAGGCACCUCUUCAAGAAUAUGCCCGCCCGGAACGUGGUGUCGUGGAGCGCCACCAUUGGAGCGUACGCCCAGGCCGGGUAUAUUCCCGAAUCCCUGGAGCUUGUACGGGCGAUGCUGCUGGAAGGAGUGAAGCCAAACGAGGUAACUCUCGUGGCCAUUCUCACCGGGUGUAGUCACUCGGGGCUCUUGCACGAAGCUCGCGAGCUCUUCUUUUUCAUAACCAGAGAUUUGGAGCUGCGCCCCUCGAUCGAUCACUACUGCUGCAUUGUCGAUCUCUUGGGUCGAUCCAAGCAGCUCAACUUUGCCGAGGAGCUCGUCUCGAGCAUGCCGUAUCGACCGAAUACCACCGUGUGGACGACUUUAUUGGGAGCUUGCAAAACUCAAGGCGAUUUCCAGCGAGGAGCUAGCGCUGCAAAACAGGCACUAGCACUGGAUCCCGAGGGCUCUGGAGUUUACGUCCUUCUAUCAAACAUCUACGCUUCAAUCCGGAAAGAGAAACAUCUUACGGUGUUCUAGAAAGAAAAGCUCUCGUCUUCGUC